CACACCACUCCGCCAUGGCCACUGCCCUAACCCUCCUCCUCCCCUUCUUCUUCUUCUUCUUCUUCUUCCUCACCUCCGCCAACGCCGUCUCCGGCGACGGCGGCGCCUGCGCCGCCGAGGCGGCGGCGGAGAGUGGCGGCGGGUGUCAGGACUCGGCGGCGGCGCUCCGGCUCAAGGUCGUGGCGAUCGCGUCGAUCCUCGCGGCCAGCGUGGUCGGGGUGUGCCUCCCCCUGGUCUCCCGCUCCGUCCCCGCGCUCCGCCCCGACCGCGACCUCUUCGUCCUCGUCAAGGCCUUCGCCUCCGGCGUCAUCCUCGCCACGGGCUACAUGCACGUGCUCCCCGACUCCUUCGACGAUCUCCGGUCCCCCUGCCUCCCCGACGAGCCCUGGGCGAAGUUCCCCUUCACCACGUUCAUCGCCAUGCUCGCAGCCGUCGUAACCCUAAUGAUCGACUCGCUCAUGCUGAGCUGCUACAAGAUCGGCAAUGGCGGCCACGGCGCCGCCGAGAUCGCCCUCCAGGGGGCGAGGGAGAUCUCCGUGAUCGGCAAGGAUGGUGUUGAAAUUGAAUCGGAGCGGUUGCGAAGGAAUCGCAUUAUAGCUCAGGUACUGGAAAUGGGAAUAGUGGUGCACUCUGUGGUGAUAGGGCUUUCCAUGGGAGCCUCGCAGAAUCCGUGCACCAUUAGGCCCUUGGUAGCUGCUCUUUGCUUCCACCAGAUGUUCGAAGGAAUGGGCCUCGGCGGUUGCAUCCUCCAGGCAGAGUAUGGAAUGAAGAUGAGGGCCAUCCUGGUGUUCUUCUUUGCCACGACGACCCCGUUUGGGAUCGUGCUCGGCAUCGCGGUGUCGAAGGUGUACAGCAGCACGAGCUCGACGGCGCUGAUCGUCGAGGGCGUGCUGAACGCGGCCUCGGCCGGGCUCCUGAACUACAUGGCGCUCGUCGACCUCCUCUCCGUGGACUUCAUGGGGCCGAAGCUCCAAAGCAGCGUCCGGCUCCAGCUCUUCAGCUACGCUGCGGUGCUCUCCGGCGCCGGCUUGAUGUCCCUCAUGGCAAAGUGGGCGUAAAAAUGAAGAACUAGCACGUUCAUGAAGUUUUGUUUUUCUCAUUGUUUCUUAUUGUUUCUUACUGCUUCUUUUGUUCUCUACACGACCAUUCCAGAGCAGUGUGUGGAUAGGAUAAAUAUAAAAAUAAAAAAACAAUUUUUGAUUAUCAACAUU